AUGGCGGAUACGGAUGAGCAAGCCAAGCUUGCCAUCAACAAACGUCCUCACGCUGCCAUUGAGGACGAAGAUGGUGGGAACAUAGACAAUGGGUCGUCCUCCGAUGAUGAUUACGGACCAGCUCUUCCUACGGCCGAUGCGCCCAAGAAAAAGCGACGCAAGCUGCCCUUCGAGAAGGUCUACGUGAAUGCGCUACCAGCGUCGCCUCGGUAUUCGAAAUCGCUCAUGCACAAGGACCAGCUGUCCUUUGUCACGAUAACCCCAUACACAGACUUUCUCAUCACCUCGUCAAUAGAUGGCAUUGUGAAGUUCUGGAAAAAGAUGGCUGUCGGCGUGGAGUUCGUCAAGGAAUUCCGUGCGCAUCCUGCGGAGAUCAAGAGCGUCAGUGUCAGCGCGGAUGGGAGAAGUUUUGCGACGGCGGGGGCCGACAAGACGGUCAAGAUAUUCGAUGUUAUUACUUUCGAUUUGUUGGCCAUGCUCCCCCUUGACUUCACACCACGCUGCGUCUGCUGGGUCCACCCCCGCGGUGCAUCGCUGCCAUUGCUGGCUGUGACGGACGAAGACAGCUCGAUGAUCCAGGUCUUUGACGGCCGUGGAGAGAAUCACACCCCGCUGCACACUGUCAAGUCGAUACAUCGCAGCCCCGUGGCCGCCAUCGCCUUCAACAACGCAUUCGACUGCGUCGUCUCGGCCGACCAAUCCGGCAUGAUCGAGUACUGGCGCGCAGGCGACGGCUCCUUUGAAAAGCCUGAUAACGUGUUUGAGCUGAAAUCCUCCACCAACCUGUUCGAGUUUAAGAAAUCCAAAUCCGUGCCCGCAUCCAUUACUAUCUCUCCCUCAGGCGAGCACUUCGCCACUAUCUCCUUCCCCGACCGCCAGGUCCGCGUCUUCGAUUUUGCUACGGGCAAGCUCUACCGCAAGUACGACGAGUCCCUGGCUACGAUCACCACAAUGCAGCAGGCCGGCACGGCGCUGUACCAGCUGGACGAGGUGGAAUUCGGCCGCCGGCUCGCCGUCGAACGCGAGCUGGAAAACCCGGUCACGCAACCGAAGGUGAACGUGAUCUUCGACGAGUCGGGCCACUUCCUGCUGUACGGCUCCCUGUACGGCGUCAAGUGCAUCAACACCUACACCAACCGGGUGGUGCGCGUGUACGCGCGGGACGAGCCCUUCCGCCCACUCAACCUCGCCAUGUACCAGGGCCAGCCGCAGCGCAAGGGUGUGGUGACGGUGUCGAUGGCGGCCAGCGCCAACCCGCUGCUCCAGGAAUCCGAGGAGCGCGACCCGAUCCUGGUGUCGACGGGGUUCGCGAAGAUCCGGUUCUACCUGUUCACGAACGAGACGGAGGUGUCCAAGGCGACGCGCGACGUGCAGAACGAACGUCCCACGCAGGCGGACGCGCGCGAGCCGGCGGCCAAAAAGGCCGCGGAGACGGGCACGUCGGCGAUCCUGCAUACCACCAUGGGCGACAUCCACCUGCGGCUGUUCCCGCAGGCCGCGCCCAAGGCGGUGGAGAACUUUGUCACGCACGCGCGCGCGGGCUACUACAACAACACCAUCUUCCACCGGGUGAUCCGCAAGUUCAUGAUCCAGGGCGGGGACCCGCUGGGCGACGGCACGGGCGGCGAGUCGAUCUGGGGCGGCGAGUUCGAGGACGAGUUCUCCAGCCUCAAGCACGACAAGCCGUACACGCUGUCCAUGGCCAACGCCGGGCCCAACACGAACGGGAGCCAGUUCUUCAUCACCACGGAGAAGACUCCGUGGCUGGACGGGAAGCAUACCAUCUUCGGGCGGGCCGUGCAAGGGCUGGACGUCGUGCACAAGAUCGAGAACACGAAGACGCACAAGGAGAAGCCCGAGCAGGACAUCAAGAUCGUGAGCAUCUCCGUGACCUGA